UCGGCCUGGGCCCAGAAGCCUUUGCGCCGCUUUGGCCUACACGCGUCGCCAUGCCCAAAUCCAAGCGGGACAAGAAGGUUUCCUUAACCAAAACCGCCAAGAAAGGCUUAGAAGUUAAACAGAACCUGAUAGAUGAGCUGCGGAAAUGUGUGGACACCUACAAGUACCUCUACAUCUUCUCGGUGGCAAACAUGAGGAACAGCAAACUGAAAGACAUCCGCAGUGCCUGGAAGCAUAGCCGGAUUUUCUUCGGAAAAAACAAGGUCAUGAUGGUGGCGUUGGGACGAGGCCCAGCUGAGGAGUACAAAGACAACCUAUACCAGGUCAGCAAACGGCUGAAAGGGGAAGUCGGUCUCCUGUUCACCAACCGCACCAAGAAAGAAGUGAAUGAGUGGUUCAAGCGGUACUCAGAGAUGGACUACGCUCGGGCUGGCAACAAGGCCGCCUUCACCGUCAGCCUGGACAGGGGGCCGCUGGAGCAGUUCCCCCACUCGAUGGAGCCUCAGCUGCGGCAGCUGGGCCUGCCCACCGCGCUCAAGAAAGGUGUGGUCACCCUGCUGUCGGAUUACGAGGUCUGUAAGGAAGGCGACGUGCUGAACCCCGAACAGGCCCGGGUCCUGAAGCUGCUAGGCUUUGAGAUGGCCGAAUUCCGGGUGACCAUCAAGUCCGUGUGGCACGCCGAGACAGGAAACUUUGAACAUCUGGGGAAGGAGACCGCGGACAGCACCAUGGUGGUGGAAGAUGAAGAUGAAGAUGAGGAGGAGGAAGAGGAAGAUGAGGAUGAGGACGAAGAGUAACUGGAGGUCUCGGAGGUGGACUGCGGGAUGCCCCCUCAAUCCAGGAGGGCUCUCUCGCUGACCUUGGCCAUUUAGAACUCUUUAUGGUCUUCCUUGGGGCUGAGAGGCAAAUAUUUAUUUUUCCAUAAACUGUUAAAAGAGGCAGGGUGGGAAUGGGGAUUUAAUUUUUUUAAUUAAAUAGAGCUUACUUGG